GAGGGCCCUGAGCUGCAGACAAACAUACAUGACUCAGUGUCAGGCUGCAGAAUGACACUGACACUCAGGGAACUAUCUUCAUUUUGUAAGAACUGAACACACCAUGCACAGUAUCGGCUUCAGUGAGCAUCAGGAGCAGGUCAGUCUGAGCAGGUACAGGAAGUGAUGCAAAUGUCAGGAAGUGAACCAACAGGUCCUGCAGCUAAUGCGUAUGAAGAAACAAACAUGAGUUUGUUUCCUUCUGCUGUGAACAGAUCUGAUCUGUGGUCAGAGUGUUAGCUCUUCACAGGAAACACAGACAGAGUGCAUGAUGGGACAGAAGACGCUGCUGCUCCUCUCUCUGCUCGGUGUUCUGGAGGUGACGUUGGCGUUUGGCUUCUAUCAUGGCCGCUCCAUGCCCGGAUCUCCAUACAACAUCAACCGGACCGACCACAGCCUCCAGACGGUCGUCCUCGUCGCCACUUACUCCUUCAACAACCAAUCAAACGACGCCUUCCUCUUCAAACCCUUAGCCAUCCACAGAGCACAGCGACAGGUUGUGAAGGGGCUUCGGUACACCAUAGAUUUUGAGAUUUCCAGAACAGUUUGCCGUAAACGUGACAACACCAACAACGACCUGUCAAAGUGUGACUUCCAGCCUGAAGGUCGUCUUCACCAGACGCUCCAGUGUCACUUGGAGGUUUGGGUGAUUCCCUGGAUUAAAAAGAGCCAGACUCAGGUGUUUGAGUGUAAACCCUGAAACCACCAGCUGAGUCCAAAAUCAUUCACCUGCAUCCUCCAUCACCUUCAUCCUCCAUCACCUGCAUCCUCCAUUACCUUCAUCCUUCAUCACCUGCAUCCUCCAUCACCUUCAUCCUCCAUCACCUGCAUCCUCAAUCACCUAUAUCCUCCAUCACUUGCGUCCUCCAUCACCUUCAUUCUCGUUCACCUGCAUGCUGUCACCUCGUCUCAUCAGUGAAAAUAAACAGUUCACACAGAAUAAAAUGAAACCAUGAUCCUUUGGAUGUCAGUAUUUGUAUUCAAACAUUCACUCUCCUGCAGCGAUGUCUCAAUGUGAGCAGACGAGGCCCCCUGCUGGUGAGGAGGGGAGAACAGCAGCCAGUGGACUGUCAAAAUAAAACACAAAUAUUGUAUGUUUU